GUUCCUUCGGUACGGCACGGUUCUCCUCAGGCGCUUCGAUGCAGUCAAACAGGUCUGAGCGAUCGUACAGCACCAGUCCUUUCUCGUCCAUCGUCGUAGUCGCACCGUCACACGUGCACAUAUAAGAAAGACAGAAGGAGAGGGGGGAGAGAAAGAGAGAGAAAGAGAGAUCAAGAGUAUACAAAGGCGAUCACGAACAGCGACCGAGAAGGAAAAGAGGUGAAGGAAAAAAUCGCGAGGAAACAGCGGGGGAAGUAGAAAAGAAGGAGGAGAGAGAGAGAGAGAAAAAGAAUAAAAUAAAUAUCGGACGAGGAAGUGUUGUGAAUUACGAUCAAUUGAAAUGGUACAGUCGACGGAAUUAAAACGAGUUGCAUGGCACCGACAGUAACAGUCCGUACAGAACGAGAUUGAUCGAGUACAACGAAGCUUUCAAGAAGAUCACCGGCCGUUACGCGGAAGAAACGACUUUCUUCGAAUUCAAGCGUUAAAUAAUUGGAGGAAUAUGUGAUCGAAGAUAAGGUAUAAUCGGUAACAAUAAAAGUAAAUAAAACGUUUCCUGGGAACGAGAGAUAUGAUGUGUAACAUAUGAUAGCGGACUGAAACAGUUGCUUCGGCAAGAACAUUAUUCUUAUUUGUUGACUAGUGAUCCGAGAACGGGACUGAUAUUUGCGUGGAUUUCCAGUUUAUUUAAGUGAGAUGAACCAACAGUGCAGGGUAUGCGACGAGCCCGCAGCGGGGUUUCAUUUCGGAGCGUUCACAUGCGAGGGUUGUAAGUCAUUCUUCGGUCGCACGUAUAACAACCCCACUAACGUGACAGCAUGUAAAAACGGCGGCAACUGCAUAAUCAAUAAGAGGAAUCGAACGGCUUGCAAAGCUUGCAGGUUAAAGAAAUGCCUAGACGUCGGUAUGUCCAAGUCGAGCUCACGCUACGGACGGCGUUCGAAUUGGUUCAAGAUCACUUAUUUUUCGGACCAGAUGAGACGUAAUUCAAAUGAGAUAACAUCGCUCCGUUCUUCCGGUCUCACGUCCUUCCGUUUAAGUUAUCCGCCACCAAUUGACGGCAACAACGAGAUAGAUAACGGCGCGUCGACCAGUCAGGAAAACCCAGCGGUCCAGUAUUCAUAUCACACAUCAUCUGCAAUACUACCGAGACCAGACGAAUCGCCCCAUCCCGACGAUGUAGCUUUAUAUCAUCAACUCUAUCUGCGUAAUUGGUAUUUGGGGGAACAUCAGCCACAGCUACCAUCCAUCACAACACCACCACCCACAUCGAGGGAAGUUUCAUCAUCACCGCAAGACAAUCAUUCGCCACGACAACAGAGUCCAUCAGCGGAAACUUCGACAUUCACUCAGGGGACGUCGUUUCAUUCGUCGGAUUCUUACCGAUCACCUAUACCAGCGGAAUCAAUGUCCAGGAAUAACACUAGAAACGCUGAUGGAUCCGAGAGCGAGUCUAAUGAUGACGAUCAUCGUGAUGUACAGUCCAGGAGCAGUUCAAGUCAAUCACCAUUCACACCCACGAGAACAAACGAACAAGAUCCGCCCAUACCCAGAGUAUCGAUCAACGGCAUGCUUAUGCUCACGGGUCAACAUCCCCUGUUAGUAUCUGGAGGGAUGUUCACGUCAGGAUCACAUUCGUUACCAGCUCCAUGGAGGUAUAACAAUCUACUUCUGAGUAAUUCUGAUAAUAGCAAUUCCGCUGGCGACGAACCGAUUGAUCUCAGCAUGCGAACAAGUGGCAGUCCAUCGCGAUCCAGAGAAUCGCCGGAAAAAGAAGAGAAGGAGGAAGAACAGAACGAAAAGAACGACAGGUCGCCCAAGGAAGAAACCACGGCGUAUCCGCUCGAUCUGACACUUUCCGCUGGUACGUCCUUGACGGCGAAUUGUUUUGUAGGUUCAUGAGUCGGUUGGAUCGAUUUUAAUUCUCGAAAUUUCGAGCUCAAAAAAAAGUUAGAGACCAAACGAUGGACAAUAUUCAUAAUAGUUACAAUUUCAUUGAUGAAGUGAAUAGAAAUGAAUAACUUAGCGAAGAUUACGAUGUAUAUAUAAUUAUUUUCGCGAUGGAAAAAACCAUGUUAAAGUGGAACUAGAAAAUGCUGGUCAUUUUGGCCAUUGUCAUAGGU